UCUGUCUCACAGUAUCUUAGGAGCGCUGCAUACCUGAUCUGUGUGUCUCCUCUCAGCAACUACAAACAUGAGUCGUCAAAAGAUCAUAUUGGACAAACUAGCGCGGACCUUUCAGAUCCGCAACAAGUUGCUUCGUCAGUCUCUUGCAGAAUGCCUCGGGACCCUCAUCCUUGUGAUGUUUGGCUGCGGUGCCUGUGCACAGCAUGUGCUAAGUGAAGGCAGCCAUGGCCGUUUCAUGACGGUUAACUUUGCGUUCGGCUUUGGGGCCACCUUAGGCAUCCUGGUGUGUGGCCAGGUGUCAGGCGGCCAUCUGAAUCCUGCAGUGACCUUUGCCCUCUGCUUGCUUGGGAGAGAGCGCUGGAGAAAGUUCCCCAUGUAUUUCCUCUUUCAAACAAUUGGAGCUUUCUUUGGGGCUGCCAUCAUUUUUGGCAUGUAUUAUGAUGCAUUGUGGGACUUUCCUGAGAGUUUUAACAUGAAUGUGACCAGUCCCACUGCGGGCAUCUUUUCCACUUACCCAGCAAAACAUCUGACCCUGCUUAAUGGCUUCUUUGAUCAGUUUAUUGGCACAUCAGCACUGAUUGUUUGCAUUCUGGCUAUUGUGGAUCCCUACAAUAAUCCCAUCCCUCAAGGGCUUGAGGCCUUCACUGUGGGAUUUGUGGUUUUGGUGAUUGGGUUGUCUAUGGGCUUUAACUCUGGCUACGCAGUCAAUCCUGCCAGAGACCUCGGACCUCGUAUUUUCACCGCCAUGGCAGGCUGGGGGAUGGAAGUUUUCACAGCCAGAGAUGGGUGGUUCCUGAUACCGAUCUUUGCUCCUUUCCUUGGCGCCAUUUUUGGUACGAUGAUCUACCAGUUAAUGGUUGGUUUCCAUGUGGAGGGAGAAGUUCGUGACAAAAGAGAAAAAAUGGAGGAACAAAAUGUCAAGCUAACAAAUGUUACAUCAAAGGAGGACAACAAAGAACUCUACUGAGUUUCACCAAGACAUACAUAGACGAUUGAAAACAAUUCCAUGUAAAUAGUUUCACAACCCUUUUUAAAUACUUUUUUAAAACCACUCAAACUGCCUAUUUGUCAGAUUGAUCAUUUCAACUUCUGUAUUCUGUUAAAUAUCUUGGUAACAUACACUCUUGUUGAAAUUGUUAUGUACAGUAUAAAUAGAAAACCAAAAUACGAAAAAGUUGAAUAAUUUUUUCUGCUUCACAGUGUCUGUAAGUUUAAAUAGCAAUUUGCAAUUCUUAUUAUUUGUUUUAUAUGGAGUUAUCAAUGCAUCAUACAGGUGUCUGUCCCUGCAAGGUUAUUUUAAUCCUUAUCAGGUAAUCAUUUUACACAUUUGCAAUAGGUUUAUUCAUUAGAAAAAAAUACAAAUAAAAAAAUCAAAUGUUUUUUAGAAAUACAAGAAAUAAAACAAAGAACUUUAAAAAAAUAUAUUUUUAAAAGGUCCCUCUUUAAAAGAGGACAUCUAUCCCUUUUGAUAUUAAUAAUGAAACCAAAGUGAGAAUACAAAAUAAAUCAACUGAGCUCUUAUAAUAAAAGUUUAUUUUUAAAUAUAAAAUGUUAACCAUUUGACAUACCUUUUUUAUCCAUACUUGCAAGCCAAAUUACUUAAAGUUGGAUAAAAAAAAGAGAAAAAGGUAAAAUAGUUUUAGUCCUAUCUGGGUGAUGUAAUUAGCUCACCAAGUGCUAAACAAAGUGACAGAGUAAACUAUGUUGUUAAUGAAGAAAUCUGGAAAACAGCUGAAGAAGACAAGAAAAAGCUUGGAUUUUUGACUACAUUUACUUAUGGACAACUAAAUCUGAGAGGCCGCAUGACAACAGCAUAAGGAAAAAGAAAGGGGUUGGAUUAAUUGAGAAAAAAGUCUGAGAGAUAAAGUUAUUACGAUGCAAAUACUAUGACAACUAAAAGCAACAGGCAGUCAUGAUAAAAAUGAAUAGUUUGGAAUUUGUGUGUAUUGCUGUGUUCAUUUGUGACUUUAAAUUUUCAUUACCCGAUAAAACGACUUCCUGUUUACUUUGGCUUGUUUUAUAGCUUCCGGUGCUUUUUUAGGAGCUUUUGGUUUUUGCUGUAGUUUGUUCUUAAAUGCGCUUUGUUGCUCCGUUACAUAAUUUGUGCUGUUAAUUUUGUAAAAGCUUUGCUUUUUUACCUGGAUCUAGACAUGCCCCUUUUGUGUGUUGAUGCUACCUUAAAUGUUUAUAUCUCAUCAGAAUAUGUAAACUUUUAUAGACAGUUUCAAACUUAUUGCGACCUAUUGACAUACUUGCUAACUGUAGAUUCAUGGUUGGUUGCAAAACUGUACUGUGAGAGCUUGUGUUUUGUGCAAAGGCUAUGCUUUUUCCCCCAAAAAAUAAACUUCUGCUCUUUUGUUGUACCAUGAAUGGACCUUCCAUUACUCUUUUGUAAUCUGAUUUUCUCUUCUUUGUCAGAACUUCCUCUUGUUAGACCUUUGUAUUCAGAUUACAUCUGAUAUUAAAAGGCUUACCUAU